AUGGCCUCAUUGCCACUCUGCAGCCGGCCCAAGCGGUGCGGAUCGUCUCUGAACGAACGAAGCCACGUCCAGAUGGUUCGUGCGUUGGCCUUGGCCCUUGUGCUGUGGGGCCUUGGCUCAGCAAGGCUCACCAAGCCCAAGGGGGUGGAGUUGGAUGACCAGGAACUGACUGCCCUGGCCCAGCUCAGUGAGAAGGCAGAAAGAGUGAAGGAUGAGGAAACAUCCCAGGAGGAUGCCUCAGAUGAGGACAACAUCGAUAAGCUGAAAGAAGAACCUCUCAACCGCAGCAAGUCCGAAGAGGAGAAGGAGCUGAAGGAGCAGGAGAACGAACAGGGCAAGGUGAAGAUCGUACGAGACGAAGCAACGCCCAAGCAGAUCACUCGCGUGGACGUGAAGGUGCACCACGCGAACCAGCCGCUGCCCGAGGAUGAGAAGGUGGAUGUCACCGUGAUUGUCAAUGACACGAAGGCCGCCCAGACGACUGUGCCUCCAAAACCAGCUGUAUCCAUUGACAUCAACACCAAGGAGGUGGUGGUGAGCGACGUAACGGAGACAACGACCACGAAGGCCUUUUUCGCCAAGAGAGAAGCUCAGCUGGAAGAGCCCUGGGUAUGUUGGCGCUGA